UCAAAUUAAUCAGUACAAACGGACACAAAAAAUGAGCACUUCAUCAGACGACAACAGCCCCCACGUCGGUGGCGGCCGAGCGCCCGAGAAGAAGUACAAGGGCGUCCGCUGCCGCAAGUGGGGGAAAUGGGUGUCGGAGAUCAGAGUCCCCGGCACCCCCGAGCGCCUGUGGCUCGGGUCCUACACCACCGCAGAAGCGGCCGCGGUGGCCCAUGACGUGGCAUUCUACUGCCUCAGAGGGGACUCGUCGCCGCAGAAUCUCAACUUCUACCCCCUGCAGCUGCCUGUGGGGGCCGGCGCCGGAAUGUCGCCGCGCUCGGUGCAGAGGGCCGCGUCUGACGCCGGAUUAGCGACCGACGCGCGCUUGAUCGAUUCGAUGCCCGCUAAAAAUGCGGCGAUCUCGCACGGGAGUUCGUGGCAGCAGCAGCAGCAGACGCAAUCAUCACGAAUAAACAACGAAUUUUUCGAUAUUUCUGUCGAAGAUUAUCUCUAGCUAUACAUAUGAAUUAUGAUGCAAAGGAAUCUGCAAGAGCAUCUGUUUUAAGCUUUAGAUUCAUACAUGCACCAAGAAAAUGUUUGGUUGCUGCUCUGUUUUUUUUGACAAAAAUAUUGUC